CUUUCACCUAUCUGGAUUGUGUGACCAAUGAUUUGAAGAGACUAAAGUGCUUAGUCUUUAAUGACGUUGACACACUUGUUUGCCAUGAGAAUAUGAUUUGGUUCAGCUGGAUAGAAGAAAAAUUUUCUUUUCAGAUGGCUUUCAACUACAUUUUUAGUUAGAACACUAUGUCGUUGUAAAGGUUCUAUAUGGGUUGUUGGUAUGAUUUUGGAGCUGGAAUUAGUGUAGCUUUAAAUGUUGAUAAAUAGGUGCCUAUGUCAACCAAAUUCAGUGGGUUCUAGAGCUUUCAGAAGCAUUAAAUAUUCUAUGGAGUUUUCUCAAUGCAAAGACAAGUUGAGGUCAUGUUGAUUUUCUGGUCUGUCAUUACUUAUGAGAUGAAAACUGGCAUCUGCUUUCGAAUGGGAUGAUAUGCUGUCUCAAAAGUGGCAGAUUGAUGGAAUUCACUUUUUCUUCUCUUCAGCCUUGUUCCGGGGGUUUUAUCAGCUUUGAACUUCUCCAUCAUUACUCUGCAACAAUUAGGCUAAUAUUUUUGGCUUAGCAUGUGAAAGGAUAAGACGAUUCUCAUUUUUUGUAUUUUUUCCAUUUUCAGAGCAUUGAUAUGGUUGCUUAUGUUAACUGCAAAAUAUAAACUUUCAAAUCUUGUGUAAGCUCUUCAGACACUUGCUCUUUACCACUUCUUUGCACGUUGUCUUUCUUGGAAGCAUACUAACAAGCUAGUCAGUGAACAGAAUAUACUUUGAGCCCUGAAGUGUUGAAGCCAAUCAAUUUUGAGUUUGGGUGCUUGUAGCUGGUGGCAGCUUUAUUUCUGUCUUCUCUUCCCCUUUAUGAUUAGAGAACAUUCUAUCUACAUAUGACUGUCAUACUGAAAGUAUUUGAGUUUCAGCUUUCAGGGGAUAGUUUUGUUCUUGAAUCAAGUAUCAUUUGUUAGAGGUUGUCUUGAUUUAACUCUCUCUUUUGUGAUGGGUGCAUGGACUCAUUUUUUGAGUGCAUAUGUGACCUGUUUCUUUGGUUGCCUGCUGGCAUGGUUGAUGAAGCGCCAUUGGAGGAACUAGAAACUUGAAGAAUUUGGGAACAAUAGUCAGAAUGAAGAGAUUGUUUGAUGAUAUAUGGUAGCUUGUAACUGAUAUUAGUUAUUGUUGAUAGCAGAUUGAUCAGUUCAUAGUAAGUUUCUGUCAUGGAGAUAUGUGCUGGCUACCUGUUUGGAUUAAGGAAGGAUUGUUUUUGUGACAUCAAGAAGGAUAUCACCCCUGAUAUGCACGUAUUAAUAUUCUUUUGUUGAGAUGACCUAAUAGUGGGAUACAGCCAUAUUUAUAGUAGUAUGCACUCAUGUCCAGUUCGAAUAUAUUUAUGCAUUUGAUAUAUGGCUGUUUAAGUACCGGUUUCACUGGAAUGGUGUCUUGGUUCAUCGAACGACAGCGACGUUGUAGAUCUUCUUCUGCCUGGAAGAAUUUCUUGCAAUAACAAAAUUACAGGAACGUUUUAUUCAUAAUUUAAAGUUGAAAGUAAGUUGUUUGCUUGCUUAACAAUUUGAAGGCAAGCUAUUUCCUUGCUUGCUGUGUAUUAUGUAUUGCAGAAUUUACCCUGGAAUAUUUAUCCCUGAGGUCUGAAAUACUCAGUUUCUGAGAUCAUGAUGGAAAGAGAUUCAGGCCGUCCACGUGGAUUUGGGUUUGUAACAUUUGCAGACCGCCGAGCAAUGGAAGAUGCCAUUAGAGAAAUGCAUGGACGAGAGUUUGGUGAAAGGAUAAUCUCUGUCAACAAGGCUCAGCCCAAAAUGGGAGGGGAGGAUGUAGACCGUGGCUAUAGGGGAGGCUACCCAUCUGGUGACAGGAGAAGCUAUGGUGGAGACAGGCCUGCAGGGCAAGAUGAAUGUUUCAAGUGUGGACGACCUGGACAUUGGGCCCGUGAUUGCCCUUCUGCUGGUGGUGUCAGAGGUGGUGUUGGAGGUAAACUUUCAUCACGUUCCAGGUAUGGAGGAACUGGUGGCCGUGGGUACCAGUUUGGAGGAGGUCAUGAUCGAUACAUGGAUGGUCGAUAUGAUGGUGGGCAUUAUCAUUAUGGGGACAGGGACCAUUAUGACAGCAGAGAUAGCAAAUAUGGGGGAUCUGAUAUCUAUGCUAAUGACAGGUACCAACCAGGUGGAGAUCGUGGUGCAAGUGAUCGGUAUGGUGGUUUAGAUCGCUAUCCUCACAAUGGUUAUGGCAGAGACGGAGGCAAUGGAAAGGAUGAUGGUCCACGAGGAGGCAGCUAUAGGUAUGGAAAUGGAAGAGGGCCGGCACGGGAUGAAGGAAGAAGCUAUAGAAAUAGGGCAGGUCCAUAUGAUCGCCCUAAUAGAGGGGAUCGCCUGCCCUUUGAUCGUUACUAAUUUACAUCCCUUAACUUUUUUGGAUAAUAUUUAGGUGUAAAACAUGUUUUAGGUACUGGUUUUGUUCUUUGAAAAUCAUGUAGGAUGGUGCGUUUGCAUGCGAUGAGCAGCAACAUUUUGAAUUUCCAUUUUCUAAUCGGAUUUAAUUUAUUUUA